GCGAUCCGCCUCCGGCGCCACAAGCGCGUCGCCAUCGGCCGGUCGUGCACGCACGGCUGGGGCGCCUUCGCGCUGGAGCGCUGCCGCGUGGGCGACCUCGUGGGCGAGUACCGCGGCGAGCUCGUGAGCCAGGACGAGGCGGACCGCCGCGGCAAGAUCUACGACAAGCUGAACUGCUCGUUCCUCUUCAACCUCGACGACGAGCUCGUCGUCGACGCGACGCGCAAGGGCGCGAAGAUGAAGUUCGCGAACCACCACGCGGACCCGAACUGCGCGGCGCGCGUGGCGCUCGUCGACGGCGACCACCGCAUCGGCCUCUUCGCGAAGCGCGAGAUCGCGCCGGGCGAGGAGCUCUACUUCAACUACUCCGCGGGC